AUGUCAGGCUACCCGACCUCUCCCCGUCGGCGCCACAUUCUAUCGUCGAUCAACCCCGAGAACGACGACGACGAACCACCAUCAAAGCGUAGAAGACGCUCCGCCAGCCCAUCGCGCGACAGAGACGAAGAGAGAUCGCAUGCCCGCAGGGAACACACAAGGAAAAGAGACACAGAACGAGACUCACAGAAGAACCGACCGCCCCGAGCUCGCUCGAAAGAUGAGGCCCGAACCUACGAAACAGAAGAAACGUCCGGCGCGGGAGACCACAAGCCCAGAGCCAAGCGCUUCCGAUUCAAGUCCUCCCAUUCUCGCCCGUCGCACCGCCACGACGAUGACCCGGAACACCGCGCCUCGUCGCCAUCGAGACGGAAGCGUCAUCGACGGAGACAGCCCCGCUCUCCGACGCCGCCCGACCCGUACGCCCCGCAACCGCUCUCCCCCGAUGCCGCCUUUCGCGAGUCCCUCUUCGACGCCAUGGCCGACGACGAGGGCGCCGCGUACUGGGAGUCCGUGUACGGGCAGCCGGUGCACGAGUACGCGGCCGAGGCCCGCGGCGAGCUCGAGCAGAUGAAUGAGGAGGAGUACGCGACGUACGUCCGGCGGCGCAUGUGGGAAAAGACGCAUGAGGGUCUGCUCGAGGAACGAGAGGCGCGGAAGAAGGCGCGGGAUGCUGCUCAGGAGGCACAGGCGCGCGAGGACAGGGAUGCACGCAGGCGAGAGAGGGUCAACAGGGAGAUGGAGGAGAGUCUGCGGCGCGGGGAGGAAAGGAGGGCCCGGCGGGGAUGGAAGGACCGGUUUGCAGAGUACGGCCGGGCCUGGGCUGCGUGGGAGGCCGAUACAGGCGCGAGGGAUGCCAAGGAUCUCCCAUGGCCUGUGGAGAGCGGGAAGAGAGCAGACGUCGGCGAUGGAGCGCUCGUGCGGCCGUUUUUCCUGCUCGGAUUAGAUGCCGCGGGCAUCGGGGAGAGGGAUUUUGCGGCACGGUUGCGGGAGGAACGGGUUCGGUGGCAUCCGGACAAGAUUCAGCAACGGGUGGCCGGAGGUCAUGUCGACCCGGAGGUGAUGCGAGAUGUGACGGCCGUGUUCCAAGUGGUGGACAAGCUGUGGGGGGAGACUCGCCAGGGCAAGUGA